GGUGAACCUGCGCUCUCGAGACGCUUGUUGUACCUCUGGUGUUUAUGGAUCGAAUCAAGCCACUCUCGAUUUCACAUUGUCACAAUGUCACAUACCGUGUUGACAACGUUUUUACAAAUCCUAGACGUGUGCCAUUUGAGGGUAAUGGAACUCUAAUAAAAACGAUCGACAACUCAAGUGCCUGCGAUACAUGAAGGUGGAGUCAAAUGAGAAAGCAAUACAAUGAAUGAACCUAGUCAAGAACCAGUGGACCAUGAGAAAAUGAAUGAACCUAAUCAAGAACCAUUGGACCCUGACAAAAUGAAUGAACCUAAUGAAGAACCAUUGGACCCUGACAAAAUGAAUGAACCUAAUGAAGAACCAUUGGACCCCGAAAAAAUGAAUGAACCUAAUCAAGAAACAUUGGAACACGAUAAAAAGAAUGAACCUAAUCAAGAACCAUUGGACCAUGGUAAAAAGAAUGAACCUGAUCAAAAAUCACUGGACCAUGAUACAAUUGCUGAUCAACUUGGAAGCAGUCCAAAUUUCGUUAAAAAAAUCACAAAUACUGUAAGAAACGUUGCCAAUUAUGUACAGUCUAAUGGAAGUCGGGCCUUUAUCUGGGGAAGACCCGAAAUCGGACCAGAGAAUAAUGCUGAUGCUAAUACUGGUACGGGUCAACAUGCAACUGAUGGUCCAAAUGUAGCUAAUGAUGAGACGGGUUUAUUGACUACGAUACGUAUUACUCAAAAACAGAUUGAUAAGCGACUCCAAUGUACCGUUUGUUUGGACGAAUAUGAACUUGGUGAGGAAGCGAUAAAAUUGACUUGUAGUCAUAUAUUUCAUGAGAAAUGCAUCACUCAUUGGAUUAUUAUGCAUGGUACGUGCCCGGUCUGUCGCAGAUACUUCUGUCCCGGCGAGCUCCAUCUUCCGCUGGAACGAGUCAGCCUGUUUCGGUCCAUCUUACGGCGCGUGUACCGCAUAAUUUGCUCACCGUUGAUAUAUUUCUUCCCUAGUCUCGGUUAUGCUCAAGCUAUGAACGAUAGACGUCGGCCGACUCCCAUGUACAGACUCAUACGCGCGGAGCGAGUGACAUCGCCAAUAGAACCCUUCCCGACCGCAUCCAGCGAAGUAAUCGACGACUACAUCUUUUGCCACGUCAUGUUCGUCUUGCAGAACGCGAACAACGAACAGCAUCCCGGCUCGGUCAAUUCCAUAGCCGCGGACAUGCGCAGACGCUUUAGCCACUUGCACAGAGAAGCCAACGCCAAUCCAGCUGCAGACGAAAACCCGCCACCCCGAACGACCGGAAUUUCACUUUCCUCCUGAUAUCCUCUCGGCGGAGUACCUAGGUCAUUACUAGCUCCCCAAAUAAACCAUAGUUAGUACUCGCUGAUCAAUGGCAGAGCUUAGCGAAGUAGUUAAAUAGUUAUAUUAUCUUAGUCGAUGACGUUGUAUUAUUAUGACGUGUAUAGUGCGCGCUCACGCGAUAGAAAUAUUAUAUAGUACAAUAUGUAUUCAAUACAUAUAUGACUAUAUGAGGUUAGUGAUGAUCAAAAAAUCAUCUAUAGUUGUAGUUAUCUAUAAUUAUCUAUUUUAUUAUAAAACUCAAUAAAAAGUAUUUACCAUAUUUCUUCCUCGGUAUUUAGGACAACUGCAAGUUUCAAACGACUACCGGCAAGUCGGUUUAAUCGAUUACAUAAAAAAAAAACAAUAUCCAAUAGAUCAAUUUUAUAUUUAUAUCUACAUAGGUACGAAGAUAUUAUAUAAGGCUAUUCAAGAAUAAUUAUUACACGGGCUUAAAUCAUAUUCACAAAUUCUAAAUUCAUGUAUUUUGGUCAAAUACUAACGAGUAUUUGAAUAAACUAGGUACUAGCGUUAUAUUUAAAUUUUUCAUUUUUAGUUUUUCAAUGUUGAAUCUCUAAAACACUUAUACAAAUACAAUAAUAUUAUAUUCUACCAAGUUUAAUUAUAUUGAAUGCCAAGUGUAUUAAUCAAAUACUGAAAUACUAUUAAUUACCUUAAAUAAAUACUUUUAUAUUAAAAAAAGAGAAACAUUUUCUGAAAUGAAACUCUGUUAAA